GGUUUGCUCGAUUCUCUGGCGACGAUGUUUAGCGACAGUGUGACGGCGAAACGAUCUUCGACGGAGGAGGAAUCCGACUCUUCUGUCUCGAAAAAGCUGAAGGUCGAAGAUGAAGACGACACGAACAUGGAAGACGAAAGCGAUAGUGAUACCGAUAGCGGACGUGCAUGGAGUGUUGAGACAGAAGAGGAUGAAGGAGUAGUGAGACCUCCUAGAAUUAAUUAUUUAAACAUCCAAGAUCCGGAACCGGAGUGGGAUAAGGACAGCUUCGAUGGUUACGAAUGCUACGACCCUGAGGAUCGUAAAAGCUUCUCCAAUGACGAGGAGUACGAAGAGUUCCGCGAAUUUAAGUUCCAGGCUUGGAAGAAUAAGGUCCAUCUUCCCCCUUACUGAUCUGGAGCAACGUUUUAGAAACAUGACCACAAGGGAAUAUUUGACGGAUAUUGCUUCCUUAUGUGUUAAGAAACUCAACGAG